UUUUUUAUAUAUUAAUUGAAAUUGUUAAUCUCCUUUAAAUUUGCAAAAGUUUAUUAUUUUUAUUUUUAUUUUAUCAAAUAAAACAUCAGACUUUCUACAAGAUGGUAAUGGGCUGGAGGGAUUCUGAAGAAAUUAAUCUUAAUUCAAAACAAUUUACAAAUUCUUGGCUAUCUGGAGAAAGGGUUGGGAUCCUGUACAUACUAUACAGAUGGUUUUUGUCAGUAUUCUUCAUAGUUUCUAUCAUCCAGUCAGUUGUAGCGAGUACUAUUUACUUCUUGGAUAAAUCUGAACCAGAGAACGUAUAUAAAUAUUUCAUUUAUCUCACAAAUAAUGGCAGAUGGUUGGCUUGCCUGGCUUACUCUGUAGAAGCUGGUUUAGUUACUGGACGGUUUUAUCAGGAGAAGAAAGGAAUUUAUAAAGAGUGCAUUGAUGAGGGGGAAUACACGCUACCUUUCUAUAUUAAGAUCAGCUGGUUUCUUAACAAUUGUACUUCUUCUAUUUCUGUGCUCAUAUGUACAGUAUACUGGACCCUACUGUACAAUGCAGAAAGACAACGAUUAGAUUUUGAAAACUUCUCUGGGCAUCUUUUGACAGCAAUUGUCUCAUUUAUCGAUAUUUGCGUAUCUGACAGACCCUGGAUACUCCUUCACUCCCUGCAACCUGUUCUAUUCUGUAUUAUCUACUGCUUCUUUAGCUUAAUAUACUUCAUGACUGGAGGAACCAACUACUACGGGGUUUGUCUGUAUCCAGUAAAUGUAAAAAAGGGAAGGUUUAUGUUGGGCAGGAAAUCAAAUGUGUUAUUCCAAAAAAUGUUUAUAACUUUAGAAAUUACAAAAUUCAUGAUUAAAAACCGAAAAUCGGCAACAUUGUUGAUAUAUUUAUAACGUAGUGCUACCCUGUUUUAUUCUGAAAAUUUACUCCGUUGUUUCUGCGAGCAGAUCUGCGGAAGUCACUUUGUACAGAAACCACAAUUGACAACAACCAGUUUUCAAAAAGAAGAAGAUAGAUAUUUCAAGCAUGACAUUCUUGAUCAGGAAAUAUUUUAAAGGGAGUGACCGGCAAUGAAUGUUAGUUGAAAAAUAAGUAAUUUUAUUCAAUUAUUAGUUUCUAUGAUCUCUCAUUAUUUACAGAGAUGUGAAACAGAUUUUCUGGAAUUUUUAUUGAAAAGACGACAUUCGAAGAAUUUU